CCCUCCCAGCAGCUGGGAGCGAGGGGGGCAGGCUCGGCAGUGAUCAUCAUCCCGGUCCGUUACUUCGGAUCGACAGGUCCGAUCAGGAGGCUGCGGCGCGUCUCGGAACCAGGAAAGAGAUCAGGUCGGACUGGAGGCGGAGUACACACAUCGAUCCCCGCCGCACCGACCACUUGACUAAGAUCUGGGUCGCGCUUCGGUGUCACCAUGGGCUCCUCCACUACAUCCGCAGCUGUGUUGUGUCUAAUUGCGGGGGCUUUGGCAGCCAUCCAGACCCCCCAGACAGGUGAGGAGGCCGGCGUGGAGCAAGUGUUUCUGGAUAAGCAGCAGGCGAGUGCUGUGAUCUCCCGUCAGAAGAGGAAUGUCGACGGCAGUAGCCCCGCCCAGGCUUCCAGCCUGGAGCAGGUUUGCAUGGAGAAGGUGUGCACCUACGAGCAGGCCAGACAGAUCUUCCAGGACUCGUACCGCACGGAUAUCUUCUGGUCUGUCUACAUUGAUGGAGAUCAGUGUGCGGAGGACCCCUGCAAGAAUGGGGCGCUCUGUUCGGACAGCGUGGGAGGCUACGACUGCGUCUGCAAGUCCGGUUUCACAGGGGUCCACUGUGAAAAUGACCAGACGCUCUGCCCCCUGGAAAAGAACAAGGGCUGCACCCAGUUCUGUAAACCAGGCUACACGUCCUACGAGUGUUCCUGCGCCCGCGGAUGGAAGCUCAGCCGAGCUGACAGGAAUAAGUGUGAGGCUGCAGUCAGUUUCCCCUGCGGCAAAGUGAACAGUCUGAGUCGGUGGGAGGAGAGACAGGCGAGCAUCACCCGCAACAACUUUGAGGGAGUAAGCUGUACUUCUUCUGAGUGUCCCUGGCAGGCUCUCUUGAAGAGUUCAGAGUCAGUGGGUUUCUGCAGCGGAGUCAUUCUGAAGGAGAACCUCGUCUUGACUUCGGCUCAGUGUGCCAACAAAUACAGCACCUUCCAAGUGGCCGUCGGCAAGCGCACCACUAACAGUGAAGAUGGAGAGCAGACGCUGUACGUGAAAAAAACUCACAUCCACCCGCGCUAUGUGGAGGGUCGUCCUGAAAAUGACCUCGCUGUGAUUGAGCUCCGAGACCGCAUCAUCUUUAAGAGAAAUGUGAUUGCUGCCUGUCUGCCGGAAAGAGACUUUGCAGAGAACGUCUUGAUGGCAGGAGAUAGUCCCGCCGUGAUCACCGGCUGGAAAGAAUCCGAACAGGUGUCUUCUUUCCAGGGCCCGCUCACCCUUAACCUGUUGGCGUACAACCAACUGACACAGUGUCUGGAGACUCACCCCAACCUGAUAACCAAUAAAAUGGGCUGCACCGUCCCCAGAACCAAUGCCGACUGCACCAUGAGCUCCGGCAGCCCCUUGCUCACCCUGUACAGGGAGGUGUUCUUUCUCACCGGGGUGGUGAGCCAGCCGCAGGGGGCGGAGUGUAGCAAGGGCUACGUCUUCCAGAAAGUGUCACGCUACCUUGGCUGGCUGCAGCCGCUCAUGGGCUCCCGUUAGAUGGGGUAGUCAGAAAAACAGGGAAUCAGGUGAAUAUUUACGCUGUGUGCACUUCUAACCCUUUUCAUUACUAUUACCUUUGUGUUUUGUAAUAAUCUCCUUCGCCCUAAUUGUGAAAAACUAUGCUACCAUCAUAAACAGUAUUCUCAGUCUAGGCGAUUGCCGUCCAUCUCUCUCUGUGGACUUCCUCAUAUAUCCACAAGGUGGCUCUGUGUUAAUGUAAACACUUACUCUAUGUGACUACCAACCAAGCAUGAGGCCAAGCACAACUACAAGCGGUGGAGUGAAUUAUUCAACCUAUGUUUUGUGACGUGGACAUAACUCUUAAUGACUUUUAAGUGAUGUUAUUCUGAGAGACUACUGUACUGGCUGACAUGCUUCAUGUAACAUCCCUGGUAAUCACUGUUUUGUGACUGUAAUAAACACCACACCUGAUGUAA